AUGAUAGUAAAUAGUUACAAAAAGCCCAAAAAAAUAUACUUUAGUGUAUAUUACACUAAAGGAUGUUUUUACAGCAAAAGAAAUAAUUAUAAUGGCUAUAAUAGAUAUAAGAAUUAUUAUAAUUAUUAUAAAUUACAAAAUUACAAAAAAAAUAAUCAUUAUGAACUGUGUAACAAGAGAAAGGAAACUUAUAGGAGGGCCAGUUUAUUAAAAAGAAAUUCCAGAGAAUCGAAAUUAGAAAUUGAAAAAAAGAAUAUGGAAAUAAAAGAAAAGAAAAAAGAAAUGAAUAAAAAAAAAUGUAUCAUAAAAAUACUUAAAAGACCAACAGAAAUAAUGAAAAAUGAAGAAACAUUAAAAAAAAUUUGUAACAAAGAAAAAGAAGAUAAUAAAGAAAAUAAAGAGAAAAAAAAAAAAAACAAAAAAACAAAAACCGAAAAAACUGUAUCCUUAAAAAAAUCAAAAGAAGGUUUUAAGUUUUCUUCAACACAAGAGCUUUUUAAUUUAUUAUUGAAAGAUGUUAAAGAAAAUUCCAUUGAAGAAAUAAUAUCUGAUAAAGGAAUAGAAGAAAAAGAAAUUGAAAAUCAAAAGGAAUAUACAAAAAAAGGAAACAAGAAUAUUAAAGUAAAUAAUAAAAAAAUAAGUAUUAGUACUGAAUUAGAAGAGGUAGAACAAAAAAGUGAUAAUAUUAAAGAUAAUCAUGAAAUUAAAAGAAAGACAGGAGAAAAUCAUUUUACCAAUAUGGAAGACAAAAAUUUUAUAGAAUACGUGAAUAAUAACAAUGAUAAUAUUAAUAAUAAUAAUAGUGAAGAAAAUACUACUAAAAAAUUUUAUAUUUCAUUAAUUAAAGGUGCAAAUAAGAACUAUGAAGAUAAUUCACUAAUGUUAAAUGAUAAAAAUAACAAAAACAAUUGCCUUAAUAAUAUAGAUAUAGAAAAUAACAGUAAUAAAAUUAUAAAAAUAAUGAAACAUUCAGAAAAAAAUUAUCAUAGCAAAAUAUAUGAGAGUGUUUUAAAGCCUGCAUCAUCGAAAACUUUAUUUUCCUUUUCUUCUCCAAAUCUUUUAAAUCAUGAAUCAAAAGUAGAACUGUGCAAAAAUAAUAGUUUAAAAAAUGAAGAAACAAAAAAACUAAAAAAAGAAGAAGAUGCAAAUUUAUUUGUAAUACCCUUAUACAUGAGAUCACCAAAACCCGAACAGAUUCCAAUACCAAUUUAUUUGUCAGAAGAUGGAGAUAAAAACCUAAGUAAGGAAGAAAUUUGUUUAAAUGAUAAAGAAAAGAAUGAUAAAAAUAGAAGUAAUAAUGAUAAUAAUGUAAAAGAAAAUAUUAAUAAUACAUAUAAGGAUAAAAUAGCAAAUUCAUAUAAUAUGAAAACAAAAAAUUAUGCAAAAAAUCUAAAAGAAUUUCUAAAUAUAAAUAUGUAUAAAGAUAAUUCUUUAAAUACUCCGAAAAAUAUUGCUGAGAAAAAGAAGAAAAAAACUUAUUUAAAUAGAAAUUUUGUUACAUUCAAUUUAGAGCAUAAUGCAAAAUUAAAUCAUGAUUCAAUGAACUUUAAUAUAGGAAAUAUGAAAAAAAAUAAUAAAUUGUAUAACGGAAAUUCUUAUAUAAAAACAUCAAAUUAUAAUGGGUAUAAUCAGAAUAAGAAUGGAAAAAAUUUUAAAGUAGACAAAUUUUUUUAUAAUAAAAAAUAUAAAGUUAAAACAAAUCUUAACGAUAAUCAAAAAAAUAAAAAUUUGCAUUUUUUAAAAGAUGUAAAAAUUGCUGUAUAUUAA